AGCCUAAAAAACGCUCGGCAUCCUCGGUUCCCGCGGGAACUAUUCUAAAAGGCCUGAAUUUUAUGGUAAAAGGCAAAGAUCCAAUAGCAUUGCCAGAUGAGGAAUAUCCGGAGUGGUUAUGGGAACUGUUGGACGAGGAGAAAAUGGCUGAGAUAGACUGA